GAGCAAAGGGCUCUGCUCUCUAUAUAAAGGCGGCAGCUCUCCCUCUCCAAUAGACAGAGAGAGGGUUACAGUUGGGUAGAGUUUUCUCUCGCUGCUGUGGAAGAUUUUCUCCAGAAAUUAAAGUUGGUGAAGAGAAGCUUUAGCAUUAAUCUUCGAUCGAAAUGGCUCGCUUCUUCUCCAACGCUAAGCCUCUCCCUACUCUCGUCGCCGAUCAUAUUUCCCUCCCUGUUAACAGGCGGGGUUAUGCUGCAGCGGCGGUGCAAGGCGUUGCGGCGACCGCGGCGGGAGGAGGAGGAGGAGCAGCAGCAGGAAGGAGCGGUGCGGUGGUCAACAAACAAGGAGAACAGACGGGGAAGGCGACAUCUUCUUGGGUCCCAGAUCCCGUCACCGGUUACUACCGGCCGGAAAAUCUCGCCGACGAGAUCGACGUCGUCGACCUCAGAAAUAUGCUCCUCAAGCACAAGCACUGAUCGAUCGAUAACCUUUUAAAAAUUGGACGGCUGAGAAUUUGUUGGUGGCUUGGGUCCAGAUGUAUCGGGCGGUCAAGAUGUUAUGGGUUUUUAUCCAGUGUGACGAUCACUGUUGAAGUGCUAUUUUAGUAGUCCCAGUUAGGAAAUUUGUGGAAGCUUCUGAGUGCUGUAUCCUUAUUUUUAAGGAAUAAUAAAAUAAUUUUUAUUUUA